AUGACAGAUUCCCGCUCCGUCUCCAGGCCCAGCUCCGACGGCGACGACGACGGCGGCAGCGAUGGCGAUGGCGCACACGAAGGCGGCCAGCAGCUGCCGUCGGCCCUCACGAUCCGGCUCUACACGUCGCACUUCCUGUCGACGUGGAACUCGCGCCUAUUCGAGUUUGGCGCCGUGCUGUUCCUAGCCUCCAUCUUCCCGCACACGCUGCUGCCCAUGUCCGUGUAUGCCCUCGCGCGCAGCGCCGCCGCCAUCACCCUCGCCCAGCCCGUGGGUGCGUGCGUUGACCGCGGACACCGGCUCAAGAUUGUCCGGGCCUCCAUCGUCGGCCAGCGGCUCGCCGUCGCCCUAAGCUGCGCCGUGUUUGCCGCGCUGUUGCAGCGCAGAAGCGCUUCGGGGGCUGCCGGGCUAGCUGUCGCGUCCCUUGAGACGGCUUUGUUAGCUGGCGCUGUCGUGCUCGCCUGUGUCGAGAAGCUGUGUGCGACGGUGAAUCUUGUCGCGGUGGAGAGGGACUGGGUGGUUGUGAUCACCGAGGGCAAUGCUGCUGCCCGUACAGACCUCAACGCCCGAAUGCGCAGGAUUGACCUGCUGUGCAAGCUCCUCGGACCGCUCGCCAUCUCCACGAUAGCUGCCGCAUUUUCGGUGCCUGUCGCUGUCUGGGCGACGUUUGGCAUGAAUCUGGCAUCGAUAGCCGUGGAAUACGUCUUCAUUGCCCAGGUCUACCAUAUGGUGCCCCGGCUGAGUCGCGAGCACCCCCGGGAACAGCGAGGAGAGCCAGAGCUGCAGGAGGAUGGCCGGCUGCUCAUAAGCAACGAGGCAGACGAGCAGGCUCCCGGCCUCGUGUCUUCCGGGCCCACGGCUCGAGUCGCAAAGACAGGAGAGGUGCUAUUUUCAUUUCUGGCCGCUUACUUCAGCCACCCCGCGUUCCUUCCCUCCUUCUCGCUAGCCCUACUCUACCUCACCGUUCUCUCCUUCUCGGGGCAGAUGGUCACGUACCUCAUGUCGGUUGGCUACAGCCCCCUCCAUGUGGGUCUAGUGCGGACAGCCAGCACAAUCUUCGAACUGAGCGCGACGUGGAUCGGACCCCAGGUCGUCAAGCGCAUUGGCGUGGUCCGCGGCGGCAUCUGGAGCCUGUGCUGGCAGAUGGUCUGGCUCGCCGCGGGUGCCAGCUGGUUUCUGAGAGGCGGUCUCGGCAGCCCCGACGAUGCUGGCAGCAAAAACAUGACAGCCGCGACCGGGCUCGUCGUGGGCGUCGCUUUGAGCAGGGUCGGCCUGUGGGGUUUUGACCUCUGCGCGCAGAACAUUGUUCAGGACGAAGUUGAAGCCGACCACCGGGGGACAUUCUCGGCGCUCGAAUCAUCGUUCCAGAACCUGUUUGAGCUGCUGUCCUACGCGAUUACAGUCAUCUUUUCGCGUCCGGACCAAUUCAGGUUUCCUGUCUUGGUCAGCAUAGUCGCAGUCUAUGUCUCUGGGGGUCUAUACGCCGUAUUUGUGAGAAAACGGCGCGGCCAUCUGUUCCACGCGCCCCGCUCCGCCUGCGUUUGUUCCGACAAGCCGUCUCCAGCUCGAUAG